AUGGCUGAGAACACAAACUAUAACCAGGGAAACUUCGUCACCAGGCUCGUCGAGUUGAAGACCGAGAACGACAUUGCCUAUCGCACCGUCACCCGCACCAACCUCCCCGAAGGCUUGAACAAAAUUCGUCUUAGCGACUUCCGCACAUUCUUCACUGCUCUCCACAGCAUGAGCGAACAUUGGGAAACAGAUCUCGACGACUACUUCGUCUUGGAUGACGAUGGCAAGAGCGUUCGUGAAGAAGACCACCCAGAAUAUGCCGAUCCAGACAUGAUGAUCGAUGUGCGGAACCUAGAAGAGCCUGUCGAGUUCGACCUUGGUCCUGCCACACCACUAACAUACAGCGAACUCAUCGCAAGAGAUCAGGAAUCCCCACCACUCUCAAAAAUCAUCUCUCAUGGUUCCGAUGCCUCUUCGGACGAUUUCCUGCGAGAAUUGUACCGUGGCAGACGCACCUCUACAGGCAGUAAGAUGCCCUGGGUCUACCGUAUGGACGUAAUCAAAGGUUUCAUGGAAGCAGCCGCCUUUCCCUUCCGCUGCAAGAUCGGCCCGCCGCGCGUACAUCCCACUUUGCUGUUGAGUGGUGUACGCUUACCCGUCAACUACCAGUCGUUCCUGGUACAUCGCGUGCCGAAAGAGAAGGAGAAGAGACAUUUGCUACAAGGACCACUCAUGGCUGCGUACGUCCGCAAAGAGUUGGAAGACUUUGAUUCGGGGUGUGAUGACGAGAAGCGGGAUAAGCUACGCCUGGACCAGCUCAAAGAGAUUGGCAGCCUGUUACACCUCGCACAAGAGAGACGGCGACAAGGCCGUGUAGAAAAGGUUUGGGCCAAGCCCGUUCCGAAGAGUGGAAAAUACUGGUUCAGCGAGAUGGCAUCGGAUGCAGCAGAACCGGAAACACCGGACAUGGACGAUGCCAACGACCUCAUUGCAGCAGCACUCGGCAAGGAAGCUGCUGCACAUUUUGCCAAUGGAAAGAGAAAGAAGAGGACACAAUACGAGACGUGGAAGGCCAUGGAGCCGAUGCGAUCCUUCUGGGACCCCAGCAGCGAUUAUCAAGCAAUUGGCAAAGACGAAGAUAGUGAUUGGGACACGGUAAGCAACCACAAGAACCGUCGACAAGAUAUAUCGCUAACCGAACAUGACAGNGUCUACGUGCUCUCAAGCAUGUACUAUCACGUCUCAAUCCUCAAGCUGCGAGUCCACGGUGCUUACCUCGACUUCGUAGCCACCGGCAACUUCCCCGAAACCAUUCCUGAAGACGAGGACUGGUGCCAUCCAGUGUUGCAACGGUCCAAGUGGUUUGAUCUGUUCAACGUCAACGACAGGAUAGAGGCCUUCCGUUGCCUCUGGGGCAUCAUGUGCUACCUGACCAGAUGA